ACUCUGAGUGACUGUCCAGCUGAGCCAUUUAGGAGCCAUUGGGACUCACUGACAGACAAAGGAAACACUUGAGUCUCAGCUCCGUUAUGCAAUACAGCACGUUCUGCAAGUGUCCCGGCCGCCCAUCCAUAUGCUACACGGCUUGGCAACCAUGUACGUAUCGCCUGGAUGGAUAUAAGCCCCACACAUCCUAACCUGCUUCACACGCUGCCCUGACGCCUGGCCAUGAAGGUUCUCCUCUUAGGCACCUUGCUGGUGGCGGCUUCUGGGGCCAGGCUGGGGAGCCUGCCGUACGUUGGCCAGCCUGGGGAGUUUUCUGCGGGGGUGCCCGUGCCAGCCUUCGGCCACGUUCUAACCACAAACCUGCACACAUCCAGCGGUCACCUGCCACUCCAUCAGCCAGCAUUCAGUAGUACACAAUCUCAAGCCCUUCUAGAGAGUGAUUUUGUAAGCGAAAGCCAUUUCGGUAGAAAUGUUCAGUUUAAUCCACACCAGCAGAGUGUCAGCAAUGAAUUCCAAUAUAGUCAGCUGCUGCCGGCACACCAUGUUGCUGUCAGUGGCGGUUUCCCUCCCCUUCCAUACACGCAGCAGGACACUCAGAGAAGGCAAGAAACCGUGAGUUCCACUGCUCAGAGUCAGGCAGACGACAGCUCCCCUCUCCAAGAUGACACCGACCAUUUCUCUCAGCAGAAGGAAGAGGGAAGUCGGAUUUCACAGCAAGAACAAGGUGAUAAAAACCGGCAGGACGCCAGCAGCAGCUUAUCACAGCAUAGACAAGACUUCAGUAGCUCUGUAUCACAGCAAAUACAACAGGAUGCCAGCAGCCCCAUUUCACAGAAGAGUCAAGAAGCCAGCAGUCCUAUAUCACAGCAGAGACAAGGUGUUAGCAGUUCAUUUUCACAGCAACAGCAAAAAGACGCCAGCAGUCUCAUCUCACAGCAGAGACAAGACAACAGCAGCUCUCAGUCACAACAGAGACAAGAUUUCAGCAGCUCAUUUUCACAGCAGCAACACCAGGGCCCCAGCACCCCCAUAUCAGAGCAACAACAGCAGGAUACCAGCAGCCCCUUAUCACAACAAAGACAAGACCCUAGCAGCCCUGUGUCACAGCAACAACGCCAGGACCCCAGCAGCCCCUUAUCACAGCAAAGACAAGAGGCUAGUAGUCCCUUAUCACAACAAAGACAAGACACCAGUAGUCCCUCAUCACAGCACCAACAUGAGGGCAUCUCCCACUCCCAGCAUCCACAGCUCCAGGAUAGACGAACCACCUUCUCUGAGGCUCCCCAGCAGGGCAACAACCAGGGCAGUAUAAGUCACCAUCCGUUCGUCUCUCCUGCCCUGCCCCACACCAAGACCAGUGAGCCGUCUUCCACCUCGUUGUACCACCUCACUCAGAACUACGGCGUGAGUUCCCACAUGGAUCAGAGUUUCUCAGCACAGCAGUUUGGACAAGAUCAGGGAUACCAGGGCACAGGGCAAGAGAUGCAAGAAGGACCAAUUGCUGUGGAAGUUCAAGGCGUUCAGACCGAACGUAAAAGUCAGCGGGUAGAGGAGUCGCAGCAAGUGCAGAUAUCUGGCCACAUCGAGAGUGUCAGGGACCACACUGAGCUGGGCGUGUUCCAGACCUUCUCCGUGCCGCCCUCCGCUACUUUGGCCGACGGCAGCUUCCCCACCUCCUUCUCGUGUCAGAAUUAUGGGCGAGGCUUUUACGCAGACCCCGAGAGCCAGUGCAGGAUGUUCCACGUGUGUGCCCCUGCGAGGACUGCCGAGGCUGCCACUCUCACCCAGUAUCGCUUCACGUUCCGCUGUGGCGAGGGGGAGUGGUUCGAGCAGCACUCCCUCACCUGCACCAGCGCCCUGUCCUCCCCCACCUCUUGCCUCUCCGCCGCCGUCCUCUUCCCCAGCAGCCACGCUGCCUCCUCUGUUCUCUUCUCUGACUUCCCCAGCGCCCUGCCUCCCAGCCAUGACCUGUGCUACCUCGCGCAGGGCCACGUGAUUACUGGGGUGCGCCGGAGGUAAUGCACACGCCCUCCAUUCAUCCAACCAGCGUCUUUCAGAUCCCUUGAUUAACCUCGCAGUCUUGCUAUGUGGAAAUAAAAUUGAUGAUAGGAACCUGCUAGAGCCACGCCACUAUUGUGUUUGGAGGGAUGUAAUGAUCGUGAGACCAAACAUGAUCCGCUAAAUUAAUUCAUGUGUCUUAGCCUUAAAAAAUGGGAAAAUAGAUGGAUAAGUGAAAAAAAAAAAAAUCAACGCAACUUAAGUCAGAUAAAUAAAUAACUAGAUGGAUGAAUAUAAAUCUAGGAACAUAACACGACUUAACAAACUAACCAACGUAUCUAAAGUUUAAAAAUUGAUGAAUACAUAGAUAACUGAAGGAAAUUAAUGCAGCUUGACUUAAAUAACUGAAUAAAUACAUAUGUGGUUAGAUAAUUACCAACGCAACUUUAGUAGACAGAUAGGCAAUGAAAUUGACAGACAAGUGAAUUAACAGAGAGGCUCAGGAAUUUAACACCUUACAGUACGAUAAUAACAACAGAAAUUCACUCUCCAAACGAAACCAACAGCAUCUCUCAGCUGCCGUCAUGAUGCGGUGCUGAAUAAUGAAUAAAACCAAUAUGAUGCAAC